AUGAGCACCGGCGCGGCGGACCCCGAGCGGGUUCGGACGAGCAUCACCUCCAUGAAUGCUCUCCUCGAUCCGCUCAAGCAUCUGUACCUCAACCUGGCGGACGCCGACGGCAAGACGACCAGGGCCCGUUGCCUCUUCGCCCUCGCCGAUACCGGCAUCUUGGACGACCUCCCCUGCGCCGACGUCGGCGCCGACCUCGGCCACGGCUUCAGCGACGACGUCGAGGUGGAGUGGACGUACGAGGACUUCGUGAACGUUCUCGGCGCUGCGAUCGCGCACCGCACCGCGCACCGCAAGCCCCUCCCCGCAGCCCCCAGGGGCGUGGCGCAGAGGCAGCUGCGGGAUCUGUUUCACCUCUGCUGCAACGACUUCGACCGCGCGCGACCCAAGAGCAACGCGUCCAGGCUCACGCUGCACCAGUGGCUCGUCGUGUGCGACGGCGCGGACCUGCUCACCCGCAGGUUCACCCGCGACGCCGCGGCCGUGGUCUUCGCGCGGUGCCGGCGGGGCGCUGAGACCGACCUCGGCCUCGAUCAGUUCAUCACGUGCCUCGCGUCGUUAGCGGUGGAGACCGGAAAGACCUUCGAGGCGGUCGUAUCCGCGGUCAGCACCUCGCCGCUGUGCACGGGGGGAGCCGAGAAUGUCGCCCCGGCCAAGGAUAUCGCCCCGGGGGCCGCGAAGGACACGUACAAGACGCCGGGGAAGGUGAGGGUGCCCACGGUAUUCGGAGGUGCCAAGCCCAAGACACCCGGAGCGGCGCUCAAGACCCCAGGAGCCUCGUUGAAGACCCCAGGAGCCUCGUUGAAGACUCCCGGAGCCUCGUUGAAGACCCCGGGGGCGUCUUUGAAGACCCCUGGGGCGUCGUUGAAGACCCCGGGGGCGUCGUUGAAGACCCCUGGGGCGCCAAACGACGUCCGGUACACCGCCGCCCUCGAAUCCGCCGUCGAAUCCCCGGAUGCCAAAUCGUUCGAAACGCACGACGCCGACGGCGACGGACUCCUCAACCGUCACGAGCUCGCCUCCCUCCUCGCCCAGGGGGACUCCGCGAGCGUCGACGGCGCGAUCGAGCUGGUGUCGAAGCUAUUCGACGACGUGGACCUCGAUCGGGACGGCCGCGUGUGCCUCGCCGAAUACGAGGCUUUUUGCAAAAAGGCGCGGCGGACGCUCAGGAGGCGGACGAUGUCGUCGGCGCACGGGCCCACCGCGUCGGCGCCCGUCCCGGCCACGUACGCCACGGACGCGCGACUGGAGGAGAUGUUCGUGGCGUACUGCGUCGUGGGAGCCGCGAAGACGCCGGCGAAGGAACGAACGACGAACGAAGGUUCCGUUCACGUGAACAACCAAAACGCUUUCGCCGCCAAACGAACCAUCGACGAGCGAAGGUUCCUCCGCGUGCUCAAGGACGCCAAACUCACAGGCCCGGGCUUCCUCUCGCAGCAGCAGGCGCAGCUGUGCUUCCACUCGCAGUGCGCCAGGAACGAGCGCAAGCUGGACCACGCGGGUUUCCUGAGAGCCCUCGGCGCCGUCGUCGCGCACUCGGGCCCCGGCGCUACGUACGAAUCAAUCGCCGACGCCGUCAAGUCGCUACCCAUCCCGGAUAAGCUCUCCGCCGCGGUCAUCGAGCGCACGAUCGCGCCCCAACCCCCCGCGCGAGCCGGCACCGGGGUUGGACCGCGACCGCACAGCGCGCGCGCCGGCAUCGGGUCGUUCUCGACGUCGUCGUCGUCGUCGUCGGGCGACUCCGGUUUUGGCGCCCGCGCGAACGCCGCGGUUCGAACCAGGCCGAAGAGCGCGAAACCCCGGGUCAGCGUGUCCUUCGCGGACGACGACGACGUCAAGUCCGACGUCAAGUCCGACGUCAAGUCCGACGUCAAGUCCGACGUCAAGUCCGACGUCAAGUCCGACGUCAAGUCCGAGUCCACCGCGCCCGAUGCCCUGCUUGCCGCGUUUGACCGCCGCGACGCCGAGGCGAACGACGGAGACGUGACCGGCGUCGCGUCCAUCGGGGUUUGCCGACUGGCGCUCGCCGACGUCGCGGGUCUCAACGGCGCGGACGCCGCCGCCGUCGCUGACGCGUUCCGCGACGUCUUCGAGGCGUUCGCGGUGCGAGCGAAGCUCCGGCGCGAAAAGCUCGGCGAAUUUAAACGAAAGUUUGACGCUCGAGUCGCGAACCUCGCGCUCGCGGGCGCGCCGCUCGUUCCCCCCGUGCAGGUUCCCCCGAUGUCCGCGCCCCAAUCGGACGCAAUCUCCGGCGUCUUCGACUCGACCGUGGGAACGUCCGCGGGCGCGCCGGACUUUAUGACCGCCGCCGAGUUUGCCUCGCUGCUAUCAGCCGCGGGGCUCAUCGACACCGACGCGGAUGCCGACGCCGUCGAGGUCACCUUCUGCAGGUGCGUCGGCGGUAAGCCCCGCGGCGACGCGGAUUUCGCCUCCUUCGUCACCGCGCUCGCGGCGAUCGCGGGUGAGCGGAGGCUGACGUUCUUCCAGGUGGCGGCGCCGGUGGUGGACGCGGCGAUGCGAGCGCGGGCGGCUCGAGGGAAGGAAAAAGAGGCGGGGAACGAGACCGGGGACGCGGCGGAGCCCGAGGCGGAGCCCGAGCCCGAGGCGGAGCCCGAGCCCGAGGCGGCGCCCGAGCCCGAGCCCGAGGCGGCGGCGGCGCCCGAGCCCGAGGCGUCGGAGCCCGAGAAGGCGGAGGCGGCGCAGACGGCUGCUCCCCCGCUGACGGAGGAGGAACGCGCGGUUUGGGCGCAAGAGUUCAAAUCCCACGACGAAGCCGAGUCCAAAUCCGGCUUCGUCGACGUCGAGCGCGUCUCCUUCGCGCUCGCCAAGCUCCGGCUCCUGGAGGACGUCGACGUCGCCCUCGCCGCGUCCGAGCUCGAGGCGAGCGUCAAGAUCGUGGACCCGUCGGGCGUUGGCGCGCUGGACCUGGACGCGUUCAUCGCGGUGGGUGCAGCGGUGAGGGCGCUCAAGCUCGGCGGCCGAGCGAAGCCGAGCGCCAAGCCGGUUCCCGUGCAGCGCGAGUACGUCUUCGACGACUCCCACCCGUUCGCCGCCAAGUUCCGGGCCGUCGCCGACGUCAACGGCGAGAUCGACGGCGACUCGUACCGCGCGCUGCUCGAUCGCGCGGGUUUGUUGCACGACGGGUCCCGCGGGUCCUCGGAGACUCCGGAGACGAGGCUGACAAACGCCGGCGCCGCGGUCGUGUUCGCGCGGGCCAAGGCGAGGCACCCGGGACACGGGCGGCGGGUGCCGUACAGGAUCUUCCUCGGGGCGCUGUCGCUGAGCGCGGGGCACCUGGGUAUGAGCUUCGCGGAGGUGGUGGAGAGGAUCAUGGCGACCGAGUUGUGA